GGCGAAGGGUUUGAAUUAAUCGCAGACUGUUCAACGUAAAACUUGGCGUGAAUUUCGUUAUGACGACUUACUGGAAUUGAUCCAUCGUUUACUUUAUCAUAAGUAAAAGUGAUAUAUCUGAAAUAUUUGUUCUUGUUUGAUUUUGAUGACGCACAUCCCUCUGCUACAUUUAGAUGCAAAGUUGCAAAUGGAAAAAAUCAUUAGAUGGCCCAUGUAAAUUAUCAGGCCUAUUAGGCCCAUGCAUUUCUUUGGACAACCAAAAUAAUAAUUUUGAGGUGUAUCUAGAAUUUUCAUUUUCAUUUUUCACGGAUGAUAAUACGACAAAGAGAAAAUCAGAGUCAUACUUUGUAAUCGUCGUUCAUUUCCGUCUCGUCUUCGUCGUGGCUGAACUCCACUGCCGGUGUUCUUCUCCGCCGUGAUUCAAGCCUUUCCCAAAACAGCAGCAAGCUCUCCGGUUACAUAUGUUGCUCGUUAUCACUCCAAGCGACCACGACAAUCUUCCUCGAUCCGCCUCUGUAACCCGUCUCAGCUCUCCUCCGCCAUGGAAUCAAGCUUUUCCGUCGCCGGAUCCUCCACCAUCAUGCUCCAGAUCCGGGAGAGAAAGGUCGUGAGCUCCAAUGGCCAUUCUUGGCUUAUUUUCAAGUCUGAUCCUUUGUCUUUGGAUAAUUACUCUUUGAUCCCAAAAUUAUCAGAUUUGCAGAACAUAUAUCUCUAAUUGACCCCAAGUCUUUCAAUUGUUUAAUUGUAACCCAACUUAACUUUUUAAUAAAAAACUAGCAGAGCACAAAAUCUAAAGUGUCUCUUAACUAAAAUUCUAGUCAACAAUUAUAUACUAAAAUAACCAUUAAGAGAUAUUAAUGGAGUUCGUGGGUUAAUCAUGCUCUUAUAUGUAUUGGUUGCACUAGCUUUAUUACCUUUUUUGUUGUCGGAGAUCAAACUGAAAAACAGAAUACAACUUCUUUGGUAACUAAUAUCAGAUCCACAAAGGUGUUAGUUAAUUUACUGAAAACAUGGUACCCUCUUCACUUGUGAUUAGAAGCAACUUAAGCUGUAAAGAAACAUGCAGUUAAGAAAUUCAUUUGUUUGACUGUGUGCAUGUAUGAUCUUCUUCCUGAUUCUAAGAGGCAACUAUGUUUUGAUUCUUCAAGAGAUCAUUCUAAUAUUAUGGGCGAAAAGAUUCUAACUUUUCGAAAAUCUGAGAUGGGAGAGAUCGAGGGCGGUGAUAGGUUCUGUGUAUCGGGUCAACAUCCUGUUUGGUUCACUUUGAAGAGUCACGAUGAAGCUACAUAGGAGAGGAGGGAGAGAGCACGAUGGGCAAAUCUUCAUCUUCCUCUAAGAAACUUAAACGCUCCUCUAGAGAAGAUCCCUCUAAGGUACUCUCGAUUCAAUGAUUUUUUUUUUUUUUUUUGUGAUUUACCCAUUAUGUAUACAUAUUAGCAAAGAUCGAAACUUUCGAUUUGAGUUUAUGUAAAGUGUCGACCUUUAGUUACUUUCGAAUUAGGGUUUUGAUGUGUAACUCUUCUUGGAUUGGAAAAAAAACUUAUAUUACUACUGAAUGUUUAACAGAAGAAACAGAGAAAAGCGUUUGUUACCUCCUCAUGAAUCCUUUAAGAUUAUGUGUUCAAGUUCUGUAUUGUAAUUUGAGUUACGUUUAAUCGUUUAAAUCUUUUUUUUUUUGGCUUACUAUUUUUGUUAAUCAAUCUAUUUGUUCUCUCUGAGCUUGUAAAUGUUACGGGAAGUGUUUUUAAAACCGGACCGACCUGAUGGUUGACCGGGUUCGACCAUGAACCGGUUAUAUAGUCGGGUUGGACCUAAUAAUUGGUUCGACCAUGAACUGACGACGUAGAUGGUUUGGAUUUCAAAGUUAUUAAACCGAUAAAAGCCACUAAAACUAUAAAAAAUCUAUGAACCAUCCAUUAAAUAUAAAAUUCGUUUAUAUUUAUAAUGUUUUAUGUUUAAAAGUUAUUUAUAUUUUAAUUAUGUAUCAUAUUUAAUAACAUUACUUUAAAAUUUAUAUACUAAAAAUAUAUUAAACCAAAGUAUUGAACCAAGUUUGAUCCGGUCGAACCAUAUUAAACCGUGAUCCAAAAAAAUUCGGUUCAGCUUUCGGUCCGGUUUUAAAAACACUGGUUAUGGGUCUCCAAAAGAUUAUUGAUUCCUACACGUGGAAAGCCAUCAUUUUGUGGGUUAGCUGUUUCACUUUUGGUUUUAAUCACAAGCUAAUUAUUGUGAAUAAAAAGACUAAUUAUUAGUGAUUAAGAUAUCAUAUUUCUAGAUCUUGAUAAUUGCUUGCAACAGCAAGAUGAUGUUUGGUUAAGAAAUAAGAACAAAAUCCAUAAUUAAGCAAAACCAUUAUGCCUUUUAUGAGCCUUUGACCCCAUUGUUGUCACAUCUCUACUUCUGUCUUUCCACCUCUGUCUGCAAAAACAGAGGAACCCUUUCCUCUGUUUCUUACUUUUGUCAAAGUUUAACUCUGAUAAAAGCAUGUAAGAAUGACAAGGAAUAGAAGAGAUAACAAAGUCUCAGUUCAUGGAAGUGGUCAGAACGGCGUCGGUUGGAACAAGCUCAAGCAUUGGUCUACGUCUUGGACAGGUUCUGUUCUCUUCUGCUUCGCUUCUUUUCAUGUGCUUCAACGAUGACGACGAUUUCUACGCUUACACUGCCUUCUGUUAUUUAGUUACAGUGAUGGGUUUAGUAACACCAUGGAGCGUUACGUUAGCCCUACUUGAAGCGUACUCCAUCAUCGUUCAAAGACUUCCUCUGCAAGCAACAGUUUUAUCUGUCAUCGUCUCUGGAGACUUGGUUUUGUCGUUUUUAUCGCUGGGAGGUGCAUGCUCAACGGCGAGCGUGACCGUAAUUUUGAUUGGUGCUGGAGAGAAGCAUUGUGAUCGGUACAAGUUAUCGGCGACAAUGGCGUUCUUGUCUUCGUUUCUUUCCUUUGCUUCCACUUUCUUUAACUUUCGUCUUCUCCCUUCUCUAUUUUCUAGUUAGUCAGAUUUUUGUUUCACCCGUUUAUAGUUAUUUCUCUUUUUAUAGUUCAGAGAAACGUGAUAAAAUUGUAUCUUUGUAGGAAAAUAAUAUAUUCGAAUUGUUUCUCAGUGCAUACAUUAUAGGAUUCGUAUUCUUAGAUAUCCUAAACUCGCACCAAUUUUAUAGUUGUACUUUGGAUCCACUUAUCUUUAGGUACUAAAAUAUUUGAUCGCGCUCACCUAUAUAAUAUUAACCCGAUUAGCUGAACUUUUAUUACUAUUUAUUCAGAAAAAAACAUAGGUCUAGUUUUGAAAUCUUUUUUACGAUAUUUUAAAACCCUACAUUCUGUAUUUGUUUAAUUCAAUUAGCAAAUGUCAUAUCGGAUGCCCCAUUAGAACACUGUAUUUAUAGAAAACUGUUGUAGCAUUUUAACUGUAACAGUUUUGACCUUGUUUCUUGUCAUAUAGUACAUAGUUGGUAAAGCUUAUUGCAGCAUUGCACAUGUGUCUACCUAAACUUUCUAAACUAUAUCUGCACCAAACUUAUCAAAGAAAACUAAGAGCAUCUUAUCCCAUAUACCCUAUCAAGGGUUUCUUUUUUUUUUUUAGUUUUUUUUUUCUAAUUUAAAAAAAAGAAAAUUAAAAAGCAGACCAAUCGCGGAGCGCCACGUGUCGGUGGAACCCGCAAACAGUGCAAAACACACACAUCAGUCGUUUCUUAUUUUGCCCACUUUGCAUACGGUUUUUCUAAAACCUCGGCCCCCCACCGCUUUAGAGACGUUAAAAAUGUAGCGAUAAUAAUGCUCUAAUAGUGACAUAAAACAUAACAAUUAAAAGCCAGGAAAGUAACUUUUUUUAAGAAAAAAUUGCCAAAACACCACAGAAAAACAACUACAUUGUCCCUAUACCAUAAAUCAUUUUUUUGUCAGAUUUGGACUUAGAUACCUCUGGUCAACUUCAAAAAUUCAUAUCAAUUAUUUUAAGAGUCAGAAAAAUAUGAAAAAUUAUUCAAAAUGUACAUAAACAUGAAACAAUCAUAUGAAAAAUAAUUUGGUUGACUAAAUAUUAGUGAAACACAAUUUCAUUCCAUUUAUUCAUGAUUAAAAUUGGAAUGAAAUAAAUUUUUAUGGAAUUGAUGGAAUAAAUAUUAUAUUUCAUUCAUUACAAACAAAUGGUACACCAAUUUAUGGUAUAAAUGAAAUAGAGAAUUUCACAUUAUUUUAUUCCAAAAAUUGGCAUUCCAGUUUUGGUACUUAUGGAAGUAAUUUAAGCUUCCCAACUCUCUAAAAAGAAAGCAUAUUUUAAGAACGUGAAAAUUAACAUUAACAAUUAUAGAUAGUUGA